AUGUUGAGAACUUGUGUGAUUGACUAUAAGGGUAAUAGGGAUGAUCAGUUGCCUUUGAUUGAGCUUUCUUACAACAAUAACUAUCAUUCCAACAUUGGUGUGGCUCCAUUUGAGGCUCUUUAUGGUAGGAGGUGUAGAUAUCCUAUAUGUUGGUUUGAAGUUGGUGAAUUUGCCUUGAUAGGUCCUGAGGUGAUGAGGUUCGGAAAGAAAAAGAAGCUUACUCCCCGUUAUGUGGGCUCGUAUCAGAUUUUGAAGUGUUUUGGUGAAUUUUCUUCUGAACUUGAUUUGCCUAAUGAUUUGGCAUCGAUUCAUCUGGUUUUCCAUGUCUCCUUGUUGAAGAAAUGUGUUGGAGAUCCAAUAUACAUUGUUCCCUUGGAAUGUUUGGGAGUUAAGAAGAAUCUUUCUUAUGAAGAAGUUUCGGUUGAGAUUUUGGACCGGAAAGUUAAGAAGUUAAGAAAUAAGGAAGAUGCUUUCUUUGGAGGAAUCAGUUAG